AUGGCCGAGUUACCCAAUGUCCAUUGUCACAAAGUCAUUGGAUCAGCACCACCUAAGAAAGCGACGACUGACCAAGAACAAAAUCAAGACCAGCAAUCGAUAAAAUCAACCAGCGAAAAAGAUACUCAACCGACCUUUGAACUUGCAGAAGGCGAACGACCGGUCCCAGAAGAUCAUUAUGCGCUUGCAGAACUGCCAGAUCUGCAGCGGCCCGUGGUUGAAGUCGAUCAAGAUCAAGGGAAAACGAAAAAAGUCGUAAGACUUAAAGAGAACAAGAUUGUUAUUGCGUUUAUUAUUAUUCCUAUGGCCAUUCUUGGUACACUGAUCCGUAUUGGACUGCAGCGGCUGCAGACGUAUGAUGGGCAACCCGUAUUUGGUCUCGUGUAUGCGCAGUGGAUCGGGUGUUUCGUUAUGGGCAUUGCUGUCCAGCAAAAGGAUCUUUUGAUGCAAUGGUAUCUUCCUCUCCAAGUGGGCUUGUCGACAGGUCUUUGUGGAUCAAUCACGACCUUUUCAUCCUGGCAACUCGAUAUAUUUAAAGCGUUUUCUAACUAUGAUGCAGCAAACCAUUAUACUGGAUAUAACAUUCUUGCAGCCAUUUCGCAAUUGCUUGUGACCUUGGCCAUGUCUUUAAAUGGUCUUGUGUUUGGCUAUCACGUCGGACAAUUUUUAUCGCGUGUACCCAUUCAACAUCAAGCGCUAUCUGAGAUCAUUUCUAAUGGAUUCAGUGUCCAUCACUUGGAUCGUCAUGAUGCGAUAGUAAUCGUUGUGGGUACUGCAAGUUGGAUUGGGGUCAUUAUCGCAGCAGCCUUGACGACGCACAAUAACCAGCGUGAACUGGCCAUGGCUUGUGUGUUUGCCCCUGUGGGUGCACUGCUUCGCUGGCAUCUGUCCGUAUUGAACGCCAAAUUUCUAAAAGGCAGGUUUUUUUUUGGAACGUUUGCUGCAAACUUGAUUGGCACGCUUGCCUUGGCUAUCUUGACCCUUCUCGAGUCAGGUGUUGUCAUGUCGACCGUCGCGUGUGAUGUUAUCCGGGGACUCGCGGAUGGUUUUUGUGGUUGCCUGACGACAAUAUCGACUUUUGUGGUCGAGCUGAGCAACCUUCCUUUGAAGUAUACUUAUAUCUACGGCAUGACGUCGAUCAUUCUAAGCCAAUGCUUUAUGUUCCUGGUUUGUGGAACCUUCAUCUGGACCCAAGGAGUCAAUCCAACAUGCUGA